AUGACACAUGAAUUUAUAACUGAUUUCUUAAUUGGAAUUACAAUACUUAUUCCAUCGUUUAUUAUAUUGGCUUUUGCUCAAACAAAAUUUACGUUAUGGUUUGGUUUAAUACUCUUUUCUAUUGCUUCAAGUGUUGUAAUCAAUGUCAUCAAUAGUUUUGCAUCAAAAUACGGUUUACAAAGUGAAAAAGGUACUAUUUUAGGAAUAUUCAGAAGUUUACAAGCACUUGCUCGAGCAAUUGGUCCGUUAAGUGCAUCAUUUGGUAAAACUUAA